GGGCGGAUCAGCCAAUAGGAAGGCUUUUGUUGGGCGCGCGGGUUUUGAUUCCGGAAGUUGCAGUCCUGUUCUCCUAGCUUGAGCGGUCGGAAAUGUUUUGAGUUUUUUUUAGUUUGACACGGAUUUACAGGAAAAUGACCGAAAAGACAGCCGUAAAUAUGCUCGGAGAGAGCGACAGUUUACACCAGCAGGUUCUGGCCUCCUUCCCUCUGUGUGAUGUGACAGAAGAUGACCUGACCCAGAACCCUCAGUUCUGUAAACUGCUGGUCAUACUGGCAAAGCACAUGGACAGAACCGGCCUCACAGCCUCACUAAAGGCAGAGCUGGAGAAGGUAUCUGCUUCUGCUGAACAGAACCUACAGAGUCAGAGAAGACAGUGGCUUCACACUGAAGUCCUCCACAGAAGUCUGCAGGAGAUGAUUCAGGACCGCCAUGUCAGGAAAACUGAACCCCCUGAUCAGAGCAUGCUCCAUGAAACAAUGGAGAAGUGUCUGCUGGUGGCUGAGUGUGUCCGACAGCUGGACCCCAGUGACACCACAAACCAGGAGCCUCCGUUUGUUCUCGGCCUGACGCCUCAAAACGUGAAGGAACUCAUGCCAGCUGAUAAGGAUGUUCAGAGGAUGAGACAAGCUCUACCCAAACACCUGGAGAAGCAUCUGAGGGAGAAAUGUCUUACUCUGCUCUCCUACUAUCAGCCUGAAUGGGAGAGUGAGAGUGAGGGUCUAAAGACCGUCAAGAUGUCUCACCUGUCGGGCCUGCUGGAUAAAGAGAAGACGAGAGCAGAAAGUCUGAGAGGAACCUGCCAGGAAAACAGGCUUCUGCUGCAGAGACAGACCCAGCUCUACAUUUCUGAGCUCAUAAAGUGCAUCCAGCUUCUCCAGACUCUGAUCUUGGACCACAGACUGAAAAUCCAAACAGAUUUGGAUGGAAAGAAAUUAGAUUACCUUGAAGGGAAAUGUCAAUUAGUUUUACAGAAGCUCAAGGCUGAGAUGGUGGAAGUUCAGCUGGACACGUACACACCCGACUCAAUUUCUGCUCACAGAAAAAUAAGAGAGAAGCUGGAGUCUGAACUGAAGGCCUGCAGGGCAGACAAACAGACUGCGGAGCUGAAGCUGUCGUCCUUUGAGAUGUUAGGGGAAGAGUUUAAGGCCCUCGCUGAGGAGUACUGCAGGUUACGGAGUGAGAUAAAGACCAAAAACUGGGCUUUGAAGGAGUUUACUCAUGUAAAAAACUAAAGAUCGUGUUCACUGUGAAGCCAACAACUAUUGUUUGCUUUGGAUACAUCCAGCCGGGUCUAAUGUUAAUGAAGUUUCUCAGAGUAAACCUUCAUUCUUUGCCUA